GAUACAACGCGCAUGCGCAGACGUGCUGUCACGACCCGCUAUCUUUCUGUCAGCGCAGAAGCUAGGCUAAGCUAAUAACGCUAAUCAUGAAGGCUCUUCGCGGAAUGGUGAGCGGAGCCGUAAACGAGAUUACCUCGGCUGUCAGCGGACACAAAACCGCCGCUACCCGGGAGCAUGUCCUCGCAGUCAGUCGCGACUACAUCUCUCAACCGAGACUGACGUAUAAAACUGUAUCAGGUGUCAAUGGCCCUCUGGUGAUCUUGGACCAAGUAAAGUUUCCCAGGUAUGCCGAGAUCGUCCACUUGACCCUCCCUGAUGGCACGAAGCGCAGCGGCCAGGUCCUGGAGGUCAGCGGCUCCAAAGCUGUCGUCCAGGUGUUCGAAGGAACGUCAGGCAUCGACGCCAAGAAGACAAGCUGUGAAUUUACAGGGGACAUUUUACGCACGCCCGUGUCCGAGGAUAUGCUGGGCCGUGUGUUUAACGGGUCGGGAAAGCCGAUCGACCGAGGUCCGGCCGUCUUGGCCGAGGAUUACUUGGACAUCAUGGGCCAGCCCAUCAACCCACAGUGCCGUAUCUACCCCGAGGAGAUGAUCCAGACCGGCAUCUCCGCCAUCGACGGCAUGAACAGCAUCGCCAGGGGGCAGAAAAUCCCCAUUUUCUCUGCAGCCGGUCUCCCACAUAACGAGAUCGCAGCACAGAUCUGUCGGCAGGCCGGCCUGGUCAAGAAGUCCAAAGACGUGAUGGACUACAGCGAGGAGAACUUUGCUAUUGUGUUUGCAGCCAUGGGGGUGAACAUGGAGACGGCAAGGUUUUUCAAGUCUGACUUCGAGGAGAACGGCUCCAUGGACAACGUGUGUCUGUUCCUGAAUCUGGCCAAUGAUCCGACGAUUGAACGCAUCAUCACUCCUCGCCUGGCGCUGACCUCCGCUGAGUUCCUGGCCUAUCAGUGUGAGAAGCACGUCCUGGUCAUCCUGACUGACAUGAGUUCCUACGCUGAAGCCCUGAGAGAGGUGUCUGCAGCGAGAGAGGAAGUACCCGGACGCCGUGGUUUCCCUGGUUACAUGUACACCGAUCUGGCGACAAUCUACGAGCGGGCGGGGCGAGUGGAGGGACGUAACGGCUCCAUCACUCAGAUCCCCAUCCUCACCAUGCCUAAUGACGACAUCACACAUCCUAUUCCUGAUUUGACCGGCUACAUCACGGAGGGUCAGAUCUACGUGGACCGACAGCUUCACAACAGACAGAUUUAUCCCCCGAUCAACGUGCUGCCGUCUCUGUCUCGACUCAUGAAGUCGGCCAUCGGAGAGGGAAUGACGCGCAAGGACCACUCGGACGUCUCCAACCAGCUGUACGCGUGUUACGCCAUCGGGAAAGACGUCCAAGCCAUGAAGGCCGUAGUGGGAGAAGAAGCUCUGACGGCUGACGAUCUGCUGUACCUGGAGUUUCUGCAGAAGUUUGAGAGGAAUUUCAUCGCUCAAGGCGCGUACGAGAACCGCACCAUCUACGAAACCCUGGACAUCGGCUGGCAGCUGAUGCGAAUUUUCCCCAAGGAGAUGCUCAAGAGGAUCCCGCAGAGCACGCUGGCUGAGUUUUACCCCCGAGAGUCCAAACACUGAGCCACUGAGCGUACCGUUCUGCCGUCUCUCUCUCUCUCUCUCUCCACCUGUGUAUCUCUGCCCCUUAAAUAUACCGCCCUGGAUAUGAUCAGCCCUCAGCUGCGUCCUUAUUAAACACUCCUCUCACUGUAGCCAUGUACUUUAGUCCUCUGCUUCUGCUCUCUGUACAUGAUGAAACUAAAUGUGGCCAAACCGUGAUGUGCGUGUGUGCGUGCGCGCGCGCGCGUGUGUGUAUAUAUGUUGUGAAUAUUGUCACAGUGAAGUGAGUGUGGAAAAAAUAACUAUAUUGUGAGUGUAUAAAUAGAUUAUUAGCCAAACGUUUAGUCCUGGUGCCACCACUAGAGUGCUGGAAUAAUUCUUUUUCUUCUUCUUAUUAUUAUUAUUAUUAUUAUUAUUACAAAAUGAAAAUAUAAAGCUGUGUGCGAGUGUAACGUGAUUCGAGUGUGGUCAAAAGGAAAGGGAAAUGAUUUCUGGAACAUGUAGGAAUAUUUAACGCUGAAUGUCGUUCUUCACGCCGGCUUCCACCUGUGAUUGGUCGCUACAGAUAAGGCGUGUCCAAACCGAUUUGUUCUAAGCAUCACGUAGGAAGCUAAACUUGUUAUCCUCAAGCACUGAUUUAUUUAGAAGCGGUUCUUCCUCUUCUUCAUGCGCUGUGUCGCCAUAGUAACAGCAGUUUUCUCCCUAUCCGUGGGAAACGCAGCGCCAUCUGCAGUGCCGGAGAACUCGCGCGCGACGACCGCUACGAAACCGUAACGAGUAUUAGAAUCUUAGAAUACUCUUAGAAUCUUAGAGUAUUAGAAUUGUAACACUUUAAACAAUCAAACAAACAAAAACAUUAAAGUUGCGGGGGAUGGUUUUUUUUUUUUGUACGACACAAUUUUUGAUCGGACAACAUGUGCUCGGUCUAAUCUACUUUUACGAAGCUCUGGCGCGUAACUGAAGAAACGAACGUAUUUCGGCUGAUCGAUUAUAUUUGUGAAAUUAAAAAAAUUGCCUACAAUUUUUUAUUUUUUUUUCCCUUUAAGCACUACUUCUUUAAUUAGCAUUAAAUCUUAACUUAAGCUAAUAUCUUGCUGCUCCUAUAUAUAUAUAUAUAUAUAUAUAUAUAUAUAUAUAAUAUUUUUAUUCCAUUUACAAAGCUAAACCGUUAUCUCUGGUCUUUAAAAAUAAUGUUUAUUUUUCUGCCCUCUGUAUUUGAUUAGUUGGAUGUUGUAUGCUAUUUUGUAUUUUAUUUAUUAUGUUUACGUUUUGUUUAUUUUUUUUAUCACAAUGAUUGUUUAUUCAUGUCACAGAGGCCGUGUGUCGUUCCUCUUUCGAUCGAAUGCCGCAGUAAAGUGUGCGUCACCUCACGUGAGUUUCACACGGAAGGGUGUUUUGUCUGAAUGCAUGGAAAUGAUGUGAUUGUGAAACGUCUGUAUCUCAUUCAGUCUGUGGAAUAAAACCCGGUCACCUGCCA